UGUGGUGUGUGCAUCGUUGUUUUGUUAUUAUUUUUGUGAAUUCCAUCUACUCACUACUGUAGUAAGGUGUUAACACUGUCAACAGUAAAAUAAAAUAAAAAGGAGUAGUUUUGUAUUUGUAUGUUAUUCUGUGGUUGUAUCUAUUCAUUUUCAUUCUAUUCUGUGGUUGUAUUGCCGCAUAGGACGAUUGAGUGCUUAAUAUUAUAAUAUUAUAUAGAAGAAUGAACCAAUAACCGUUGAUAUAAGCUACUUUUGUUUUAAACUUUUACAAUUUACAGUUGUGGAUUGUCACUUAGUCAGUAUUCACUGUAGACAUUCAGCUUCAGUAAUCAGUAAUCAGUAAUAGUCACUAUUCAGUAGUUGGCCACCGUCUGUAAUUUCGUUUCACUGCCGUGGACCACGAAUUUCAAACAUUAAAAUUAAAGUACUGYKCACGUUAGAAAAUUUGUCACCGUCCAUAAUUUGUGCCAUCGUUCUCGAACGUUUCGUUUAUAAAUUUUCAGUGACCAAAAACCGUCCAAAAUGAAAACAGACAAAAUUAAAAUUGAAUCUUCCGAUGAAUUAAAAAAUCCUUAUGUUCGUCUGGAGCGUUGCAGUUUAGAAGAAAUUAAUGGUUACAAACUGAAACCAGAAAGAAAUGCUUACUAUUUGAUUGAAUCUGGAUCAGAAGAAUCAAACAAAGGAGAAAGUGAUGAUAAUAUGGUAUCACUUAACUUAGUGACAUUAAUAGGUGAUGGGGAAAAAUUGUACCGUUCCUAUGUCUUGCUUGAACGAUUAUCUCCUCACGAUAUUCAACAUUUAUUGAAUAAAAAGAAUUAACUAUACAUAUUCUUUCAAUGGGACUUGAAAAUGAUAAUAAAUUUUUGUAUGGUAUGGAUUUAAGUUCUGAACGAAAUUCAAUUGAAGAACAAAUAUAUUCCCCUGUUAAACAUUACUUACAUCGAUGUAUCAGUUAAUUCUCCAUCUUAAUUUAAAGGAUCAAAUGGAAUUUUUUGUGUUGAUAAAAUUAAUCUCUCAUGACAUUUAAUAUUUUUCUGUAAUGUGAGUUUUUUCUCACUUUGUAUUUUGAUUUUAAUAUGUUGCUAAAUUUUUUCAUCAAGGAUUAAUUCUGUCAUUCUUUUUUUUGUGAAUGUAUCAUAUAACUGCCGGAUUUUAUUCCGGUUCAAAUUAAUAAUUAUCAAUUAUGUGUAUGUGUAUUUUAACAUCAAUGGACAAAGAUUUGAAGCCUAGGUUGAUGAUAUUCUAAUUUAUAUUGAACCAAUAAAAUUAGUAUUAAACUAGUUUAAAAUGUUAAAUUUG